UUACAAGCGCUAGCGCAGUCACGUGUAUGACGGUCAUCAUGAAUCAAUGGCGUCUAGAUCUUGCAGAACCACGAUUUUAUGCCUCACAAUCCAGCCGCAUUUCGUUUAACCCUAGAAAUCCUCUCAAUUAGAGUUGCAGAAGCUAUCGUUUGAGUCAUCGUUGCUCCGUGGCUAUGGCAGCCUUUGAACAGAAUGGGUAUGGCCUCAAGCCAUACACCAGGCUGAGGAGGUAUAAGUAAGAGACCUGUCGGCGGCUAAGAACAACUCAUAUGUUGUACUUCAAAUUUGCAAUUCAAACAACAAGGUUUAAAGAUCGAAAGCAAGCUGAAUGCUACCACCACUCACAUCCCCCAUCACCACAACCACGCAACCUCAACCCAAAAUGAGCGACUCAACACCCUACCCGCUCCCACAGGGCCUCCACCUAAUCCCCCAGGAACUCCUAGACACCCGCCCCGACGCCUCCAUCGACCACACAAUCCAAAACCCACCUCCCGUCACCAGCUCGAAAAACAUCUGGUUCUUCUGGGACACCGGCUACGCCAGCAUGCACAACUACACGAAGCGCAACAUCCGCUCCUGGCACCGGCGCCUCAGCAAACAAAACUGGACCAUCCGCGUCCUCGACCGCGUCCCCGGCUCCCCCUCCAACGUAUCCAACUUCCUCCCCGUCACAGACCCCACCGUCUUCCCGCGCGCCUUCACCGAAGGCACGAUAAGCGGACGGUACGCCGUCCAGCACGCCUCGGAUCUCGUGCGGUUCCCGCUACUGUUGCGGUACGGGGGUGUUUACGCGGACGUAGGACUGCUGCAGAUAGGAGACUUGGACCGCCUGUGGCGGAGCACGGUUGGGGAUCCGGGGUCCCCGUUCGAGGUGCUGUCGUAUAACAUGAACAACGACUGUCUAGCGAACUACUUCCUCGCAUCGCUCCCAGAAAACCCAUUAUUCGAACGCUGCCAUCGCUUGCUUCUCGCGCUCUGGGGCGAAGGAGGCGGGAAGACGGGUACGGAAGGGAUGAGCGAUAGUGAGUUGUUGAAGGGGGUGCCGUUGAUGGGCGGGUCGUUUACAAUUGAGGAAGAGGGGAAAGUGAUUCCCGCGGAGGAGGUGCAGAAGCUGUUGAGUGAUUACAUUAUUCAGGGGCAGGCGAUAACGAUGGUGAUGGGGCUUGUGGAUGAGGAGGAUGGGUGGGAUGGACCGAAGUAUGUUGCGGAGCGGGUAUAUGGAAUUGAUUACAUGGAGGGCUCGCAGCUGAUCAAUGUGUUUACGGGAUGGGACGGGCGGAAGGCGUUUGAACUGAUGUCGCUUGCGCUGCCGAAGGACGGGGAGGUGGAGAGUGCGGAGCAGAAGCAGGCGAGGGAGAUUGUGGAGGGGUGUUUGCAGAGGAGUUUUGGGUUUAAGUUGGCUCAUGGGUUGAUUAUUAGGGUGUUUAAGUGUACUUUGGGGUCCUUGUGGAGGGAGAAUGAGGGCUCGGAUGAUGUUCCUGGGACGUAUGCUCAUUGGUUGAGGUAUGCGACGAAUUACUGGAAUCAAGAUGAGCUACCUGCUGCUUUGGAAUUUCCGGUCAGGGAGCCAUUGAAGAGGGGACGCUUGUUGGGUGGGAAAUAGCUGAGAUUUUUGUUAAUAGGUAGAAAAGAAAGGAUCGGCUUGGAUAAGCAUGAAUACAAAUCAAAUCUUGCUAGUAUUUGUUCACGAAUAAGAGCGUCCAGGGUGCCAGAAUGACCGUCCAAUAGGC